CUGUUCUAAUUUUCAAUCUAAUUUCCCUCUUCCUCCUCUCUAAAAAAAUCAUCCUCUCUUUCUCUCUCUAGAAAUAUCAUCCACUCCCAACUUUUCAAAAACUCUCCAAAGUCCAAACCCAGGCGUAAUUAGAAUAAAGAAAAAGGGGCGCUUUGUCACCCGUUUAUUUCAGCAGCUGCGGCGAAAAGGGUCUGAACAUCGAUCUCAUCUGCCCCUUUUCUCUGUAUAUCGCCCCUUCUCUCUCUCUAAAGACUUAUAAACGUGGAUUACGCAUUCACCGUUUUCAAUUCAACGGAUUGCUUGUAAUUCGGUUCUGUAAUUCUUCAAUAAGAGAGAGAGGAAUUGGAAUUUUCCGCGUUUCACUUUUGAAGCUGAGAAUAUUCCAUGUUACAGAGAGAGAGAAGGGGAUUUGAAAGAGAGAGAGAGGGAGAGAAUUGAAUUGAUUUAAAAUAAAGGUUGAUUGAUCCUUAGGGCAUUGUAUGUCUCAUUGUUUGGGGUAAUUUGGUUGGGUUUUAAUGGAAUGUGGUGGUGUUGGUGAAGAAGAAGGAAAGAAGAGUAGUGUUGCUGGGGAUGCGGCUUCUUCUCUCUCGUCUCCGAUGCCACAGAAUUGGCAGCCCCACCACCAAAAUGCCGUUUCUCUCUCUUCACCCAUCAACCAUCUCCAAGAAGCACUAUGGAACCUUAGAAUUCAGGGCCAUGAUAGUCAGGAAAGAGCGAACACUCCUUAUCCUGAGAGACCAGGACAACCUGAUUGUGUAUACUAUUUAAGGACAGGGAUGUGCGGCUAUGGGAGCAAUUGCCGUUUCAAUCAUCCUCCUGACCCAAGGCAGGUUGUGCUGUACAGAGGAGAGCUCCCUGAGAGAGAUGGCCAGCCGGAUUGCCAGUAUUUCUUAAAGACUGGAACUUGCAAAUUUGGGCCAACAUGUAAAUAUCAUCAUCCAAGUGACAGGCAUGAAUCAGGACCUGUUCCACUGAACGUCUCUGGUCUUCCCGUGCGCCAGGGUGAGAAAGCCUGUGCAUAUUACUUGAGAACUGGUUCAUGUAAGUUUGGAGUUGCCUGCAAGUUCAAUCAUCCCCAACCUGCUGCACUUUCACCUGUUUUGGCAGUUACAGGAUCCUCAGGCUAUGGAUCUGCAGGUUCAUCUCUGUCUUUGCCAUCAGGUCCGCCACCAUAUGUGGGUGGACUUUCGGCAUGGACUUUGCCAAGGGGACCAUAUGUUUCCAGUCCUCGUUUACAAGGCUCACCAACUUAUAUGCCUAUAAUUCUGUCUCCUUCACAAGGGAUGAUAUCUUCACCACAGGGUUGGAGCUCAUACCCUAAUCCUGGGAGCCCCUUGGCAUCUUCUGAUGGAUCAAAUGUGGUAUACAUGCAAUCCACUGAACCAGCUUCGAGUGGCCCCAUGCGCAUGCCUUCACCCUUUGUGCACCAACUUCUUCCUGCAUUACAAAAUGGACUUUUCCCGGAAAGACCAGAUCAACCUGAAUGUCAAUAUUACAUGAAAACAGGAGACUGCAAAUUUGGAGCAUCUUGCAAGUAUCAUCAUCCCUUAGAAAGAGCUAUGCCAUUGACUAAUUGUGCUCUUGGUCCCCUUGGCCUUCCUCUGAGACCAGGCCAGCCGCUAUGCACAUUCUAUAGCAAAUAUGGGAUCUGCAAGUUUGGACCCACUUGCAAGUUUGAUCACACUGUUGUGGCACCUCUCAAUUAUGGAUUUCCAAAUGUAUCCACCCCUGAAAUGCCUCCGGUAUAUCAACUAUCAAGAACCACUCACACUGAGCGCCCUUCAUCAGAAAAUUCUUCCCCAAAUGCCUCCAAUCAUGAACAAAAACGACAACGACAAAUAUUGAGACCGGAGCCCUCUGAAGUUGAUCAACUAAAGGCUUCUUCAGAUGAUGUCAUUCCUCAAUAAGACCAGUUGUAGUACACACCUGAUUAUUUGGCAUCCCUUCCAAUCAGAUUAAUGGUUUUGUUGUUCUUCCCUUUAUGUUGUUCUUUUCUGGACGCCCCUUAUUUGAUGACAAUUUUGCUGAUGUGCUCGCUAUGUCCCUGAGAGUGAGGGGGCUGAGCUAAUGCAGGAGAGUGGUUGACUGUAGUUUUGGAAACCUCAGAAGCUAAGUCUGAGGUGGGAGAAGCAUGGAGGGGUUUCUAUGAGGAAUAAAGGUGGAUCUCGAUCCUUUUCUUUCAUUUAUUUAUUCCGGAAUAAUUUGUAAUAUUUAGAUGUCAAUUGCCAGUGAAUGAGAGAAGUUUUGGGCCUGAGUUGUUU